UCUGCAAAAUAAAUCUCUCAUCUUUCUUUCAUUCAUCCAUUCUUUCUUUGUUCAUAUGUGGGUUAUCUUUGAGAUCCAUCUAUCAUGAGCAAUAUACCAAGAUCUCUUACAGAUUCCUCUCUGACCCUCUUCAAUCUAACUAUCUCUGCCUCUGAUCCUUGUAACCAGAACAGAAACCACCUGAAUUUCCACAUCCAUAUGCCGCACCUCCAUUUUCAGCACCAGCAGCUGCAUGAGAAGAAGGAAAUGAAAGACAUCCAAAAGGGUUGUUUGGCAAUCUUGGUGGGUCAAGGUGAGGAGCAAGAAAGGUUCGUUAUACCUGUGAUCUACAUCAACCAUCCACUCUUCAUGCAGCUGUUGAAGGAAGCUGAGGAAGAGUUUGGGUUUGAUCAGAAUGGUCCCAUCACAAUCCCUUGCCACGUGGAGGAGUUCCGCACCGUCCAGGGCAUGAUUGAUGGAGAUAAAUGGCACCACCAGCACCACCAACAUCACCACCAUCAUGUUUGGUGUUUUAGGGUUUGAUCAUUGAUGCAUCAUGAUAUGAUGUUGCAGUCAUGUUUUCUGAUCUGUUUCUUUCUCUCUCUCUUAUAAUUUAUUUCUGCAAUUUUUCUAGAAUACGUACCUAUAUAUGGAAUAUUGAUGAUGAAGAAAAAUCUGAUCA